GCUACGAUCAUGAAUUUUGUUUUUCGGGGCCGUUUGCUUGGGAAAUUAGAAAUAUAUGUAGGGGGAAAACCGAAGUAUUCGAAGAAUAAGUGGUCUUUCUACGCAUGGCAAUAAACUUGAGGGACUAAGAUGCAAUAUAAACAACAAACAGAAGCCGUUAAUUGAUAAGUGAAAACUUUUUGUGCAGUGUUCACCUCUGCAAAAAAAAAAAAAAAUGUUGGUUCCUCUCUGCAAUUGCAAUCGCCAUUUCUCCUUUCUCCCUUCCCAAACCAUUCUUAAACCCUCAUCCCAAUUUCCAGCUUGUCACUAUCCAAAAUUCACGUUCAAUCCCCUCCGCCGGCGAGCCGCCAUUUGCGCUGCCAUCGAAGCCGACAGACAAACUCUUCCGCAAUCCGCAAUUAAGAGAAUAGCAGAGAAGCUCCGCAGCCUCGGAUACGUGGAAGAUAGCGGCAAUGAUUCCGCCUCUCGGAACUCAAAUCCCGGCCCUAAUUCUCCCGGAGAAAUUUUUGUCCCGUUGCCCACCCAUUUGCCCAAGUAUAGAAUCGGGCAUACGCUCGACCCGAGCUGGAGCACACCGGAAAACCCGGUUCCCGAGCCCGGUUCUGGGAACGCCAUACAGAGAUUUCAUGAAUUGAGGCGCGGGGUUUUGGAGGAAGAGGAGAAGGAGAGGAUUAGGAAGCGCGAUGAAGGAAAGAGGGGCAAUUCCCCGAGUUUGGCGGAGCUGAAGUUGCCGCCCGGGGAGCUGAGGAGGCUGAGGAGUAUCGGAAUUGGGUUGAAGAAGAAGUUGAAGGUGGGGAAAGCUGGAAUUACGGAAGGGAUUGUUAACGGAAUUCACGAGCGGUGGAGGCGUACGGAGCUGGUGAAGAUUACGUGUGAGGAUAUAUGCAGGCUGAACAUGAAGAGGACUCAUGAGUUAUUGGAGAAAAAAACUGGAGGUCUAGUAGUUUGGAGAUCUGGAAGCAAUAUAAUACUCUACAGAGGAUCUGAUUACAAGUAUCCCUACUUUAUGGCCGAUAAUUCGUCAAACGACUCUUCUUCGGAGGAAUCUCCUGACAUGGACAAUGAUCAACACAGUAAUGCUUUGGAGUCUUCUGAAGAAUCUCCUGAUUUAGGGUCACCGCGCACUAAUGCUUUGGAGUCCAAUACACAAAUAUCUCAUCCAUCCUUAGUGCAAGGGGUGGGUUUGCCAGAUAGAGUACGCUUCCAACUUCCUGGAGAGGCAGAGAUUGUUGCCGAAGCAGACUCGUUGCUAGAAGGACUUGGCCCGCGGUUCACUGAUUGGUGGGGAAAUGACCCUUUGCCUGUUGAUGCGGAUCUUUUGCCAGCAGUAGUUCCUGGAUACAAGAGACCAUUUCGCCUACUUCCAUAUGGGGUUAAUCAUAAACUGACGAAUGAUGAAAUGACUACAUUACGGAGACUUGGCAGGCCUUUACCGAUCCAUUUUGCUCUAGGGAGAAAUAGGAAACAUCAAGGAUUGGCUGCUUGCAUUGUUAAACUGUGGGAGAAAUGUGAAAUUGCAAAAAUUGCUGUCAAAAGAGGAGUUCAAAACACAAACAGUGUACUUAUGGCAGAAGAACUAAAGUGGUUGACUGGGGGGACGUUACUUUCAAGGGAUAGAGAAUUCAUUGUUCUCUACCGAGGGAAGGAUUUCUUGCCAGCUGCAGUCUCUUCAGCUAUACAAGAGCGGAGGAAAUAUGAGAUUGAUGCCUCAAAAACCAGAGCUGGCAACUUAUCAAAUUUGAAUGAAAAGGAACAUAGACACGGAACCAAAGAAUAUGCUACUGAAGCUGAGCAGCACAAUGAAGCUGACCAAAACUUGCAAGUUCGUGAAAAAAGAAGGGUGAGGUUCUCAGAAUCGGCAAUGGAGAGAACAAGCACCAAGUUAUCAAUGGCCUUAGAAAAAAAAGCCAGGGCAGAGAAGCUUCUAGAAGAGCUAGCGAAAGAAGAGAGCCCUCAGCCACCUGAAACAGAUAAAGAGGGUAUAACCGAAGAAGAAAGAUACAUGCUCAGAAAAGUUGGUUUGAGGAUGAAAGCUUUCCUAUUAUUGGGUCGGCGGGGAGUUUUUGACGGAACAGUUGAAAACAUGCAUCUGCACUGGAAAUACAGGGAGCUUGUCAAGGUAUGUAUUGGCAAUAGGAGCAUCGAAGAGGUUCAUGGAGUAGCACGUACCUUAGAAGCUGAAAGUGGUGGCAUAUUAGUAGCAGUUGAGCGAGUUAGUAAAGGUUUUGACAUCAUUGUAUAUCGUGGAAAAAACUAUACUCGCCCUGCUUCUUUGAGGCCUCAGACACUUCUAAGUAAAAGAGAAGCAAUGAAGCGUUCAUUGGAGGCACAACGCCGUGAGUCCUUGAAACUACAUGUUUUAAAGCUCAGCAAGAAUAUUGACGAAUUGAAGCUCAAGAUGGCCAAAGAUGAAAAUACAAAUCGUCCGCAUUUGACAGAAGAUUUGGAACUUGGAUUUGUUAGAGAAAGCCAUGAAACUGAUGCAACUAACAAAGAUCCAGAGGAACCCAUGCACAUCUCAGAAGACACAGUACAUAUUGCUCAAAAGGACUUACCAGGAGACGUUUCCUUACAGUCCGAGGUUAAAGUCAAUUAUCUGUUUGAAACAACAGAAGCAGAGGUUCAACCCACAUCAUUAUCAAACGAGGGCAAUAGUUUUUCGGACAAAAAUAAUCAAAUUGGAAAUAUGGAAUUUGUACGUAGUCCCAGGUCGCAAGAUAGAAGAAACUCUUCACCGAGUACCUACAUCCGGCCUCAAACUGGAAGAAGGAAAUCCGACGGUGGGGGCUACAGGAAUGUUGAUAUAGAACCCUCGGGUCAGAAACCGAUGAAAGAGAGGCCAUCACUAAUGCCUUCCAGAAGUGUGCAGCUUUCGAACAAAGAGAGGCUUCUUCUAAGAAAGCAGGCUCUCAGGAUGAAAAAAAUCCCGAUUCUCGCUGUAGGAAAGAGAAAUGUCGUCACUGGAGUUACUAAAACAAUAAAGGAACACUUUGAAAAGCAUCCAUUAGCCAUAGUGAAUAUCAAAGGCAGAGCAAAAGGGACAUCAGCUCAGGAGGUGAUUUACAAUCUGGAGCAAUCCACGGGUGCUGUUCUUGUGUCUCAAGAACCUAGCAAAGUGAUACUCUACAGAGGUUGGGGGUUCGAUACAGAUUCUGAAUCUAAUAUGAGACAGAAUCAAGAUUUUAAAUACGACUCGACGAAUAAAGAGGUAAAAACUCGACCACUCAUUUCGCCGGAGCUCAUAUCAGCCAUGCGACUCGAGUGUGGUUUGAAGCCUGUCGAUGAAAUAGAGACGACGAGGGUUGAAACAAGUCUUGAUAUUGAGUCUGAGGUUUAAGAGCUGACCAAUGUAAUUCUCGGUGGAAAGGGUAAUAUGGUAAAUUCAUGGUGGAGCUUUGUUAAACUUAUUUUCAGCCAUUGAUGAUGUAAUGCUGAAAAGUAGCUGCUGUUGUGUACUGAAGGAAAUUAGGGUUAAUAUUUUGAUAUGGAUUUUUUGUUCAUACAAACUAGGUAAUUUAUAUAAAUUAUUUUCUCUAAUUUUUUUUUAAUGAUGUAUAAUUCUGGAAUAUGUAAAGAGAAUUACUACUGUGUUUCUUUUAGGUAAAAA